UAACCGGAAAACCACGCCCCUUGUCCUAUGCUCGCUGGAACGUUUUGUUUUUUGAAGCCAAUUUACUUCCACACUUGGUCCACCAUUGGCAUUCCGCUGACUUUGCAACGUUAACUGGACUUUAAAUCUUACAGGAACGUUACGAAACGGGACUCAAAUUCGACGAGUUUGGAGUUAAAGUAAUGAAAUGUAAACACGCCCACCAUUCAUGUAAAUUUCAUCUAAAAUUUUAAUCAUGGAUGUUUGCGACGGGAAAAAGAAGAGAAAGAUAAGCGGCGGCGGCAAUUCCAGGCGAAAUGUGGCCGGGAAGGCGAAAAGAGAGCCGGCUAAAGUCCUCCGCUCCCUCACGGUGGAGGACAAUAACAAAUACCGGGAGCCCAUGGAGGAAGAGGACGACGACGACUGCUUCUCCAUUAGCUUCCUCCGGACAGUUCGACCAGAGCCUGCCGUGCAGGCACCUCUGUCGGUGCCACCGAGAUACACUCUGAUCCGGGAGGUGGGUCGGGGUAGCUACGGUGUGGUGUACGAGGCCAUAGCCCGGAAAACUGGAGCCAGGCUGGCCGUUAAAAGGCUCCAGUGCGACGCGCCGGAGAAUGUGGAGUUGGCUUUGGCCGAGUUCUGGGCCCUGACCAGCCUGGAGAACCGACACCAGAAUGUUGUGCAACUGGAGGAGUGUGUCCUACAGAGGAAUGGCUUGGCCCAGAAGAUGAGCCAUGGCAACAAGAGGUCCAAACAAUACCUGAGGCUGGUGGAGACCUCACUGAAAGGGGAACGCAUUAUAGGUCAGCCGUCGGAACCGUGCUACCUCUGGUUUGUCAUGGAGUUUUGUGAAGGUGGUGACCUCAAUCAGUACGUCCUGUCUCGUCGACCGGAUCCCCAGACCAACAGGAGUUUUAUGCGCCAGUUGACAAGUGCUGUGGCUUUCCUGCACCGGAACAACAUUGUUCACAGGGAUCUGAAGCCAGAUAACAUUUUAAUCACACAGAAAUCCGGUUCACCGGUUCUUAAAGUAGCUGACUUUGGCUUGAGUAAGGUUUGCGCGGCUGUGAAUUCGAAGAACGCCGAGGAGUUGCCCGCUGCAGAUGUUGGCAGCAGAGGGAGCAACCAGAACAACAUUGUCAACCUCAACAAGUUAUGGUUGUCCUCUGCGUGCGGGUCAGACUUCUACAUGGCCCCCGAGGUAUGGGAGGGCCACUACACGGCUAAGGCGGAUAUCUUUGCCUUAGGCAUCAUCAUCUGGGCAAUGAUUGAACGGAUCACGUUCAUUGACGCCGAGUCCAAACGGGAGCUGCUGGGCACCUACGUGCGACAUGGCUCAGAGAUUGUGCCUGUUGGCGAGGCCUUGUUGGAGAACCCCAAGAUGGUCCUCCACAUUCCUCAGAAAGCCAGGAGCUCCAUGUCAGAAGAGGUGAAGAAACUCCUCCAGGAAAUGCUUGCGUUCAACCCUCAGGAGCGACCCGACGCCUGUCAGCUGGAGGUGCUGAUGGACCGGGUCACGUGUGCCGCGUGAGCGCCCCAACUACUCAAUCCUUUCCCUUUUUCCCCACUCCAACUAAUCAAAAAAGGUACCUUUAUUUCCCAGAUUUUGUUUACCGCGUGGAUGUGGACUCCUUGACAGAGAAAGGGAAUCCGGCAAAGCGAAACUGUGAAGAACACAACGUGUUCAUUUUGGACUGAUGUGGUCAGAUUCUUCAGUUGGGACCAGUAUGCAAUCAACUCUCUUCCAGCACCACCCGCAAUGAAACGUCUUGAUGUAGCUGUUUGUUUUACUCCUUCCGAGCCUGUUUGUUUUCUUUUUCAUUGUGAUGCAGCGAGUAGUAGCACAGGUAAGCUAACCUACCUUUUAUGGGAUGACCCUUGUCCUGAGGUGGCUGCGUCGCUUCUUUCCUCUGAACAGGCGUUGCUAUCAGUUUCCCCACAGGGUGCCUUAAACACGGUCUUGCAACACUGAAAAAUGACGUGGAUCAAGGGGGCAAUAGAGGGCAGGUGAUUGAAUGGAACCAAAAGCGCAUAGAUUAGCGUACGAAGACUGCAGAGGCUUUUUCAAACGAUUUGGUUUGUAAACACAGGGAGCUUCUUUCUUCAUUGCGUAUCGGACCAAAGCAUGAUGUAGCAUUUCAUUUUAGUCAUUCCGCACUCGUGGUGGACUUUGAGGUAUUUUCCCCCCAUGUGGUGUGGAGCGACCUCAUUAGCGACACGCUUUCCCUUUACACGCUCAGUUUUGUUUGAAACCUCCUCAGGUUCUUGGCGACCUCUUCACUACUAAACAAGUGUGUGACUAGUUUUCUUGUGGAGUUUGGGCUUAGACAUAAGUUGGCGCUCACUAACAUUUUUCUUGCCCUCAACACGGUCACCCGGUGUAGCCUAGUUCUUAUGAGGUGGUGUUAUUGUACAGUUAACUCAAUGUUAAGACAAUCUCCAAAACGAAAUGUAAAUGUAUGAUGUUUUCUUUUUGCAACCGUUUUACAAAUGUACGGUAGUUCACACGCACAGUUUGUUACGUGUGAUCAUGCUCCAUUGCUUUACAAUGGACUCGUUCAAAAUCAAUAUCACCGAACUCAGAAAACUCCUUUUUUUUCUUUUCCAAAAUUUGAAUCUUCCAAAUCCACAAGGAAAAAAAUCCUUGAAAUUCGCUUGUUGCUCUUUUGAAUAAAAAUGUAGAUUGAGACUUUGGUUCUAUCUAAAACGGUAUAAAAAGUCAAAAUAUUACUCUUAUUGCUGUACAGCAAUGCUGAGAAAUGUAGGGUUUAAACUACAAUACGUCCCUGUUAUGCCAUCAGGCUUUUGGUUUGCUGUGGUUGAUGCAGUGCUCAAGGGUCAUCAAGGCUCUCAUUAUUUUUCUUUCAAAUUCAACAUUCAGACAUCGUUCCACUUGAAAAACUAAAACAACUUCACGCUAUGCAAAAUGUUUCACUGAGAACAAUUUAAAAACACAGUGUUGUGUGUAAGAUAUAUGUUUUGAAUUUUUCCCACUUGUACUGAAAUGUAUGUUUAUUUGAUGUACAUCAACAAAUGUUUUUGUUACUGAAGUUGACAGGAGCCAGUAAGAUAUAUAUAUAUAUAUAUAUAUAUUUUUGUGGGUUUUUUUUCUUGUAAAUAUAUUUGACGACAUUUCUUGAAAUAAAAAUUACAAAUUGA